AUGAAGGCUUAACCUAUUUAGAGAAAAGACUCUAUGAUUCCUUAAGGUACUUCAAUGUCUAUUUGUUCUUCUUUGUUAUUUAUGAUUGGAUAAUCAUGGUAUGAAAUGAAAAGAAGACCUUGUGGAUAUUGUGUAUCAUUUUUUAGUGUAUUGAUUGUUGUUGCUGCGAGUGCUGUUAGUUAAUCAAUAAUUGAUAGAGCACCUCUCAUAUUUUUAAAAUCAGCAGAAGGUCCAGCAGGAUAAUCGGACAUUGCGUAAAUAACAAUUUAAGAUUAGGUUGACUGCUAAUCCAAAUUAUUUAAGUGAAGAACAUGAAAAAUCUCCUUAAUAUUUGAUGUCUAUCUAUAGUAACACAGCAAGACAACAAGGAUAACUUAUAGUUGACUUUCUUAACCUUACUAGAGUUAAAGAAGUAUUAGGACCUGAAAGGGCCAAUUAAGCUAGUCCAAGAAUUUCCUAAUAAGUAAAUUUUACAUAUUUGUUAAAUACAGGGGAUUGUGAAAAUGUAUAUAAUCAUUAUAUUGAAAAAUAGGCAGUAAAUAAAGCAUAAUAGUUGUUAUCUAAAAGAUAGGAAUUUGGAAGCGAAGCACAUUUUAAUGAUUUAAGAGAUGGGUAAUAAUUAGGUUAGAAAUGUGGAGGAUAAUAACCACAUCCUACUGCAAAGUUUGUAGGAAUAGAUACAUUGAAAGAGAAGGAAAUAGGUUUGGGUUGGGAAUAUCCAUUUGGGGAAUUGAAAGAAACUGAAGUAAUAAUGAGUCGGAAAUUAGCAGAGACUUAUAAAUUAAAUAUAGGAGAUUAUAUGUUAAUAUAUGGGGAAUUCUAUGAUUUUUAUGGAUCCUAUUAUAUCUAGAAUUACUUUGAAUAAAUUGGUAAACAAUUUAAUUUAACUAAUUAUAAUGAUACAUUCUUAAAUUAAGAAUUCGGAGAUUUGAAAAAGGCUACUUAGAGAUUUUAUUUAUAUUAGGUUAAAGGAUUAUUAGAAUCAACUUAUGGUAAAUUUCCAGAUGGAGAUGCUGAUAAAUUGAUUAUAGUAGAGCAUAAACACUUCUUUAACAAUUUAGCAUAUUGGUCAUGGGAUAAACCUUUUUUAAAGGCAUUAUAUUCUGCAAAUCCUGAAGAAUAUGUAGAUGAAAUCAGAAUCAAUAUUCCUGAUAGAUUCAAUAUAUAUAUGGAUAGCAAUUAUGAGAAUAUAUAAGGAUAGAUAACAAAAUAUGCUAGUAAUAUAAGAAGAGAUUUAGGAGUUUAUCCAUGUAAUAUGGAUUUACCAGUAUUGUAGCAAUUAUAUGAUACAAGAUUUGGUUAGUUGUUUUUAGGUAUCAUAUUAAAUAUGAUCAUUGUAAUAUUAUUUUUAUUGAGUGUAUUGCUUUUAUAUACAUUAUUGUUGAUUUCAGUAGAGACAAAGACAUAUGAUUUAGGUGUGUUAAGAGUGUUAGGAUUUAAUAAAUUAGGAGUGGUAUUUAUAGUAUUGACUCAAGCUUUGAGUUAUGUAUUGCCUGCUAUUAUAGCAGGUAUUAUACUUUCAAUUCCUUUCUUAUUGUAUGCUAGUAAUGCACUAAAAGCAUCAAUAGGAGUUGAAAUAGAAGCUACUCCAACAACGAAUGCUAUUUUUAUGUCUUUAGGAUUAGGAUUGUUGAUUCCUUUGAUUAGUUCUUAUGUACCAAUAAAAGAAGCAUUAAGUAAAUAAUUAAGUUUUGCAUUGGAUAUUAAUAGAUCAAAAUCAACAGCUGUCAAAAUUGAAGUAGAUUUAGAAGGUAAAUCAUUACCUUGGGGUAGAAUCUAAUUUGCAGUAAUAGCAUCUUUAUUUGGUAUUUGUGUUUAUUAUUUCUUACCACUUGCUUUAUUAUCAUUCAAUAUUGGAUUACUAUUAUCAAUAUUCUUUUUUAUAUUAUGUGGUAUGCUUUUAGGAUUAGUAAUCUUUGCAUUCAAUAUUUAAUAUUUAGCAGAACGAUUUACUGUUAAAUUAUUUUUAUUCUGGGCAAGUUCAGCUAAGAAAACAAUGGUUUUGAAGAACCUUGCUGCACAUAGAGUAUAUAAUAUAUAUCAUAAUAAAUUAGAUUAAAAAUAGAAGAACAGCUUUAAUGUAUGCAUUAUCUAUUGCAUUUGUAAUAUUUAUUUUUGUUGGUAUGAGUGUAUAGAUUGAAAAUCAAGCAACUUAAACUCUUUAAUAACAUGGAUGCAAACUUGAAAUUACAGCAUCUAAUGGUUAUUUAUUACCUUAUGAAUUUGAAAAAAUAAUUUUAGAUUUAGGAUCCAAUAUUACAAGUUUUGCUUGGGUCACUGAUUAAUUAGAUAAUUAUAUGUAAAAAUUAGGAUUUUCCACUGCUUACAUGACUCAUCUAGGAUAAGUUUAUUAACUUAGACCUAAAAUUGUAGGUGUAUCACACACACUAUUUGAUAUGGGAUAUAAUUAAUUUUUAAAAAUAGAAGAUUAAAUUAAUAGUUAAUUAAAUCCAGUUGAAUAAUUAUAUACUAGCAGAGGAAGUUAAAGUGCAAUGAUUGGUACUAGUUAUGCAGAUUAAUUAAAUAUCAAAAUUGAUAUAAAUAGUACUUUUCUUAUUGUUGUGUAUAAUAAUACAUAUAGUUAAUACCAUCAAAUGAGAGCAUCUUCAAUUGUUACUUCAGCACCUGCUCUUAAAUUCAGUAGUUUACCUAGUGUUCAAGAACAAAAUGUUGUUGUAUCUUUACCAACAUUUAGAAGACUUUGUGGAAAUUAAAUUGAUGCACUUGAAAAUUAUCCCAUGAAAAGAUUACUUCUCUCUGUUUCUAAUUCUAAUAACCUUGAUAAUGUCUAUGGUUAAUUCAAAAAAUAUAUUGAUUCCAAGGGAGUCUCUGCUAAAAUUUGGGAUUAUAGAGAUUACGAAACAUCAAUUCAAUAGAGUCAAUAACUCAUUUCAAUUAUUUUCAGUUUCUUAACUGGUGUUGUUAUGGUUUUAUCAUUCUUCAGUCUAAUGACAUCUAUGUCUGCUAAUAUGUUAGAAUAAGUCAAAGAAAUAUCAGUCCUUAGGGCUAUUGGUAACACUAAAUUAUCUAUUACUGUUGUCUAUAUCAUGGAAGCUUUUACGUUGGUUUUUAGUUCCAGUUUUAUAGGAUUAAUGGUAGGAUUUGUUAUUGGACAAUCCAUGGCUUUACAAUAAACUUUAUUCACUUAAUUACCAUUGAUUUUUGUGUUCCCAUGGUAAAUGUUGAUUAUCAUCAUUAUUAUUGCCAUGAUAGCAGCCAUUAUCAGUGUUGUUACACCUUCCUUGUAAAUCUUAUCAAAAGAAAUUGCUUAAAUUAUGAGAAUGAUCUGA